AUGUCUGGCAUAGUAGGUUUCCGAUAUCUCUUGGCGACUGGUUUAGAACAUGGCGCGUUAUCCAAGAAUGUCAUUCCAAGCCUGCUUUGCGGAAUUGUGACGCUGUUUGAAGUGUAUGACGGAGGGCUCGACCGAAUCUUGGAUCGCAAAGAGACGAAAUCAAACGACUCACGGCGCGACUACCUUACGCUGAUGAAAAUACUUCUAUCCGAACUAGAAUUCGCCAUCGUCAUCUUACGGAGAAGUGGUGGGUGGUGUGAUGUACUGACAAAGAUGGAGCGCGCCAGCUAUGCAAUUGCAGCACAUUUGAAGCUCAUUCACAACUCGGCUUCCCACAAAGCUGUAUUUCCAGAUUGGGAAGAUGAACUUCUCGGCAAGAUUGAGUCUGGGGGGCUUUGUAGCAUUCCGCACGGAAGAGCUCGCUCUUUGACAGAAGGGGUUGAUGCGAGGGUCGCCGAGGCUGACAUCGAAUUUUUCUUUUCAGGGUUGCAGUGCGACUCAGAAGGAGUCUACGAAUUGCCCAGCUCAUCCGGACCUCACAGAAUGAAGAAGGCUGUUGUUGAGUCUAUCUUAUCGACUCAUUAUCUCUCGCUUGCGUUUAACAUUGAAGAAAUUCUCCUUGAGGCCUUUGGUGUCACCGGACGAUUACAUCUCUUUGAGCUUCAGCCUCAGGGCCAGGUCAACCUCGGUCAUGUUGACAUAUUCAUGACAUGCAACUAUUCUUUGCUCCAUGCUGAGUACCUCCUCGACCCCAGUUAUGUGCGGAUCGUCUCAGACAAUAUGGCACGUACAUUCAAUACAGCAGCUCACUACUUAUUCACAUGGUACGAAAAGUACGAAAAGGAAAGAAUGGUUUCUCUGGAAGUGGAUCGCCAAAUUAUUUUCAACUUGUCGUACACUCUAGCUCUUGAGUUAGCCCUUCAUCUAAAUCGUCGAUCACAACCGGAAAUGGAAUACAGAUUUGAGCAGGAUCUCAUCAUUUCUGCAAUGCACGAACUGGACGUUGUGCGUGACGUUUGGGCUAGGUUAUGCAAAUUGGCGCAAUCUCUCAACAGUACCGACCCGAGCGGGAGAUGCUCUUUGCACUACAGAUUUGGACCGCAGCACGAAGACGACAGCAUUACCGAACUGGUAUUCGACUUCAGGGACAACGACGGAUUUGAGCGGAGGGAGACACUAUACCGUGGUCCUCGCCAUCCCCAUCCAGAUAAUCGACCAUGUGACAUUCCCGACGACUGCGUUUUGUGCCACAUCAGAAGCAAACGGCAUCGGGAGUCAUUCACACAAGAGUCCUAG